UUCUAUAUUCGAACGAUUUUUUUUAAAAAAAAAAACCUUCAUUAUUUCUUCAUUCUGAUAAAAAAAUAAUGAAUUCCGUUCAUACAUUUCUUAUAGUUUUCGGCCUACCCCGAGCAUUUGCUGCUGGCGGUUCAUCGCAAAAAGAUUCAGACGCGGAACCAUCAGCUCCUGUACCGUUUGAUACGAAUGCAGCAAAACAGCUACUAAAUGGAAUGCUGGACUAUUUUAAUGGCCUUGGAGCAUUAACAGGAGAUUACCAAACACUUCAAACCGGAAUCAAUAACGCGACCGAUGCAAAGAGCGUAAUAGAAGCUGGUAGAGAAAUACUCACUGCCAGGGGUAGUCAAGGAAAUCUUGUAGAUAAGGCAGAAAAGGAUGCGAAUGUUGCUAGAACAAUGAUAGAAAAAAUUGACGCAUACCGGAAGGCUUUUUGGAAAUUGUUGGAUAAAGCUGGACUUAAUGGUAAGUCAAAAUCACACUUUUCUUUCAAAUAGGUGAAAAAAAACUGACAUACGGUACGCCUAAUGCUUGAGAGAACCUCGCCUGUAACAGUAGAGGGGUAACA